CCCGAGGCUGGGGCCGCGAAGCCAGCGGAAGUUUGAUCGCCCGUCUCCCUCGCCCCCGACCCACGGCCGACCUAUCUCUGAGGUGCAGACGUCGGCGCGGGAGCCAGGUACCAGUGGCUUUGUGUUGAGCUGAAGGAACUUGUCUACUGCUUUCCUGAGAUCCUCUUUUUCUCCUAAUUCAUGAGCCAGCAAGAUGCAGUCGCUGUGCUUUCAGAACGUCUUCUCAUAGCUUCAUAUAAAGGCCAAGCAGAGAAUGUGGUUCAGCUCAUCAACAAGGGCGCCAAGGUUGCAGUUACCAAGCAUGGCCGUACUCCCUUGCACCUUGCUGCCAAUAAGGGUCAUCUCUCUGUGGUCCGGAUUUUGCUGAAGGCUGGCUGUGACCUUGAUGUGCAAGAUGAUGGGGAGCAGACAGCCUUGCAUCGUGCCACAGUGGUGGGAAACACGGAGAUCAUCACUGCGCUCAUCCAAGAGGGAUGCGCCUUGGACCGGCAGGACAAGGAUGGGAAUACAGCCCUGCAUGAAGCCUCCUGGCAUGGGUUCAGCCAGUCAGCCAAGCUGCUCAUUAAAGCGGGAGCCAAUGUUCUUGCCAAGAACAAGGCCGGGAACACAGCUCUACACCUGGCCUGCCAGAACAGCCAUUCCCAGAGCACACGUGUCCUCCUGCUGGGUGGCUCAGGAGCCGACCUCAAAAACAAUGCAGGUGACACCUGUUUGCAUGUGGCUGCACGCUAUAAUCACUUGUCCAUCAUUAGGCUCCUCCUCAGUGCUUUCUGUUCUGUCCAUGAAAAGAACCAGGCUGGAGACACGGCCCUCCAUGUAGCUGCUGCCCUAAAUCACAAGAAGGUAGUUAAAAUCUUGCUGGAAGCUGGAGCAGAUGGGACCAUUGUGAAUAAUGCAGGCCAAACACCAUUGGAGACUGCCCGCUACUACAACAAUCCUGAAGUUGCUCUGCUCCUCACUAAAGCUCCCCAGGUCUUGCACUUCAAUCAUGGGCGAAGCCUGAGGAAAAAAAGAGAGAAACUCAAAGAAGACAGGAGGGCUCAGUCUGUGCCCAGAGACAACUUGGCACAGAAUAAGGGAAGUGUCUCAGCAGGAGACACCCCCAGCAGUGAACAGGCUGUAUCCAGAAAAGGAGAAGCUGGAGGCGAUGGACUGUCAGCUUCUAAGGAGCCCAGAAAGGAUGACAGGAGGAGGAAGUCUGGACCUGAGAUGUCAACUCUAUCUGACCCUACCCCAGCAGCAGACCAGCUACAUGGGCAUCAGAAGAACCACAGACAUAGGCAUCUGAAAAAAAGCAGGCAUCGAUGUUGCUCCCCACCCCCACCCCAUGGGUUCAGAGCAUACCAACUGUACACACUGUACCGGGGCAAGGAUGGAAAAGUGAUGCAGGCACCGAUAAAUGGUUGUCGUUGUGAGCCUCUAAUCAACAAGAUGGAGAACCAGUUGGAGGCAGCUAUGGAGGAGAUCAAAGCCGAGCUGGGAUCUAUUCAGGAUAAAAUGAACUCAAAGCUGGGGCAGGUGGAGAGUAAGACUCAGCACCAAAUGUGUGUUUUGGACAAGCUGAUGGUUGAGAGAUUCUCAGCAGAGAGAACAGAGUGUCUGAAGCGCCUGCAACAGCAGACAGAUGCUGAGAAGCAUGAGAGACAGAAGCAACAGAUGUCCUUGGUGGAUGAAUUAAAAACUUGGUGCAUAUUAAAGAUUCAGAAUCUGGAGCUGAAGCUUUCUGGAGAGUCUAGAACCUUUAGGGCCAAAUCCAUCCCAUCUACUUCUGACUCUUGUCCAGGUGUGGAUCAAUCAGUGGUUACUGCAGUGCCAGAAGCAGCUUCUGACAGAUCUUCCCAGGUGGUUAGGCCCAAGGCAAAGGCCCUCAAUUCCACCACUGACCACAGACUACAACAGAAGCUAUCUUCUUCUGAGUCUGCAGGCUCCCGACUAAGAAGUGUCAAGGUUCAGACAGCCCUGCUCCCCCUGAGUGAGGCAGUCAAGAUUGAUCAACAGGCUGGGCCCAGUGUCAACAGAGCCACUCAAACCAAGAAGUCCAGAAGUGGGCAAAUCAAGCAUCGAGUCCAACAGCCAAUAGGCAGCAGUGGGCCACUACCACUACCUGCAGGCAGCAUGCAAGCUGCCCCUCAUGUUCAAGAAGAUGCUUCCCAAGCCCUGGGACUCACCCAGGAUUUUUUUGAGGCAGUUUCUACCCAGAUGGAAAAGUGGUAUGAAAGAAAAAUUGAAGAAGUACGAAGCCAAGCCAGUCAGAAAGCCCAGCAAGACAAGGCUACACUGCAGGAACACAUUAAAGGCUUAGAAGAAGAGCUUGUUAAAUCAACGAUGAAGAUGCACAAGGAACAUUAGGAUUUGGGAAGGAUAGCUGUAUUGAAGAAGUGGAUUACUGUGCACAAAGCAGACUUGUGUUUCUGGCAAAGUCUCCAAUUUUUAGAAUGAGCUAGACACAUACAUCAUGUGGUAUGAAGUUACAGAGACUUCAACAGUGACGCUAAAGCCAGGAGAAGUUUUCUCACUUUCAAGUUUCAUUAGUCUCUAAACUCCAGGCCAGGUUUAUCAGAAGCUCAGAUUAAGCAAGCCACGUGAAGAAAUAGUGUUAAGUAAAGCUACAAUUCAGGGUAUGUGAAAUGUUAAAAGCAAAGCAAAACUUCAUCCCUGUGUACCAAAACAGUCUUUCAUGCAAGUGUAAACACAUCUCUUGAGUUUAGACAAGAGUAUCUUUCUGUGAGUGCUGUAACUAUGAAAUGUGAAGCCCUUAUUCUCAGAUGUCUAAUUCUCAAAAUGUUGUUUUAGCCCCCAGGUGAACAUACCAGAUUUUGAGAGGAAAGACAUUUUUGUGAUGUCACAAUAUCCACUACAUAUUAACUUUUUUGAUAAGUCAUUUUAAUUGCUAACAGCACUAGAAAUGUUCAUUCCUAAUGAGUUACAAUGAGUUCAAGUUUCUGUAUUUUCAGCCCAAAUGAUCACAGCAAACAGAUUAAUAGAAAAAGCAUUUAUGUAACAAGUACCUGAAACUUCUACAAUCAAUUAUCUUAGAAUACUUUUCUGAAUUCAAGAUUAUUUUUCUGUAUUUUAUAAAGAGAUAAGGCCAUUUAUUGAAAGCAUUUCAUUUUGAAUUCAACUCUCACUGAAGAACCUCAGAUACUUUUACUGUUUCACACUGAAAGCCUCAAGGUCAGUAAUUUAGUAUAGUAACUUGACUUAAUCACUGUUAGGUAUCAGAAGACUUUACUUGAUUAUAAAACAUAAAUACAAGAACAAAGUUGUAAAAGUAGAUUGGUUAUGUGGAAACUUUGGAUUUAAUUAUCUUUUUAAUUCAUCUUCACAUAAUUUAUGUAUGCAUAGAAACUUCAAUUCUAUUUCUAUAAGCCCAGGAACCCCUUAAUGAUUAUUCAUAAUUAUGAUUUAAUGAGCCAAAGAGAAUGUAAUGAUCCACUGACAUCGAAACUAUAAGGUAGAGUAUGCUUUUAGUCCUUUGUCAGGUUCAUUUUGUAUUGUAACAACUCAUGGAUAUAGACAUUCCUUUAAAGUAAUUCAGCAGAUGUGUGUCACUGUUAGAGAACUUGAACAUGGAAUGAAUGCAGUUCUCAAGUUCUCAUGUAAUUGGCCAGUUUGGCUCCUCUGCUACUUGGGAGGCAUCAAGGAUUCGAUUGUUCACUGGGGGCCCUUUGUUUUUUUCAUUUUCCCCUGGGCCCCAAAGUCAGACUUUUCCAGCUGGACUCUAAACCUACUCAACAAAAUAUCACUAACUUCUGUAGGAUCAGUCUUCAUUAUACACCAAUUUUUUAAAAUUCCUUAAUACAGAAGAAACAAGAUGAAAACCUGAGUUGAGUGAUUAUGCUUCAAGCAGGAAUUAUUUUUAUCUAUCAUAGUUUUAUUACCUCACAGUAUCUUUGUUGCAAUGCUGACACCUGGACUUAACUACCAAGUGUGGCCCAUAGUGUUUUGGUGGAAGUAAUCUGAUGAUUUACCUCCUUCCCAUCAGAAGCAGGCAGUUAACCACAGUGAACUGGAUACUUUCGUCAUGAAGACACAGGGAAUGAAUGGAGAGAUGGUUCAGUGGUUGAGUGCUUCCCACACAAGCAUAAGGCCCAAGGGAGCCUGAUACCAGUUGAGCUUCAUUUCUCAGCAUCCGUGUAAAUAGCUAGGCAUGGCCAUGUGUGUUUGUAACCCUGCCUCUGUGAACAGCAAAGACAGUAGAGUCUCUUGAGGUUCUAGAAAAUGGCAUGCUCUGGAUCAACUAAGAGACUGUCUCAAGGAAAAACAGAUGAGUAAUGGAGGAUAUCACCCAUUCUUCUCUGACCUCCAUAGGCAUGUGCAUCACACAUACAAGUGCAUACACCACACACACAAAGUCAAAGGGAAGAGAAGGCAGAAAUGUUUAAAGUCAGGGUACUUGAAUUUUGCUAUUGAAUAAGGUCAGUCUCCUAACCUACAAGGAUGAGAGCAUUAGACCAAUACAGUGGUCAUAUUUGUUGUUUUUGAUUCUUGCAGUAAGGUCUGGCUAUGUAGUCUGUAAACUGGCCUCAAUCAUAAUCCUCCAGUCUGAGAAUCUGGAAUGCUGGGAUUACAGAAAUAUGUAGCCAGUGUGCCCAGCUCUGCAAUAGUGUUUUUUCAACAACUGUGUUAGGUAUGUUUUUAUUGUUCCCUUAGCAUUGUGGAAAAUGACAGAUAAGGUAUCUAUCUGCCCCUUGUGCUGUAAAAAUAAGCAUAUAUCCCACCUAUACUUUUGCAAAGAGGUAACAAUUUCUAGACUCAUAUAGGCCUUGUUUCAAAUGGAGGCUGCAAUCUUUCAGUAGUUGUGGGGAACAUGAUGUAAAACACAGAAAAGUGGCACAUUAAUACUUUCUAAAUAGAUAAAUAGUACAGUAUUACACUGUAUGCUGAAUUCCUGUGAUAGAUUUAAUAUAUCAGCUCUAACCUUACUUUUGAUUUUGGGAGUCCAAACAAAAUAAAGUGAUGUUUAUAGCUUUUGUGGUAA